AUGUCCAAGAGAGCACCGCCUUCUCCCGAGGGCCUUGAGCCUAAGGAUCUCGAGUUUGCAAAGGAUGCCGUCGAGACGUCGACGUCUUCUAAGCCCUCCUCUGUGAGGCUGGGAGAAAGUGAAGGCGGAGUAUGGGCAAGCGGCGGGGCUAUCGAUAAUUAUAAGCCGAUACCAGAGUAUGAAGGCGCUCACCGUUAUGAUCCCACAUUCCAAUGGACCGAGAACGAGGAGAAGAAGCUAGUCAGGAGGAUCGACAUGAAGAUUUGUUCUUUUGUCUGCCUCAUGUUCUUCUGCCUUCAGCUGGACCGCGGGAAUAUCACCCAGGCUUUGUCCGACAACAUGCUGAGCGAUCUGGGAAUGAACACCAACCAGUACAACACGGGACAGACCAUCUUUUACUUGAGCUUCCUCUGCGCGGAACUGCCCUCUCAGAUGCUCUCCAAGAAACUUGGACCAGAUGUCUGCCUCGUUGAGGGAGGCUUCAUUCCCGACGUUGUGCUCUACCUGAGCUUCUUCUACAAGUCCAAGGAGCUGCCAAUCCGUCUGAGCUUCUUCUGGGGCUCGUACAUCACGACCCAGAUCAUAUCCGCCCUUCUAGCGUUCGGCAUUCUGCACUUGCGCGCAGAGACUGGGUGGGCAGGGUGGCGCUGGCUAUUUGCCCUUGAGGGAGGCCUGACGACUAUUAUCGGUCUCUUCGCAGGGAUCUAUAUGCCCCCUUCGCCAACGCAGACGGCCAGCUGGUUCAGGGGCCGCGACGGGUGGUUCAGCGAGAGGGAGGAGAAGAUCAUGGUCAACCGUGUCCUCCGCGACGACCCGGCAAAGGGCGGCAUGCACAACCGACAGGGCCUGACGCUUACUUUGCUGUGGGAGGCGCUCUGCGACUACGACCUCUGGCCGAUCUACCUCCUAGGUAUCACGUGGAACAUCCCAUCGACGCCCAUCACCGCGUACCUGACGCUCAACCUGAAGUCGCUGGGGUUCGACACCUUCAAGACCAACCUGCUCACGAUCCCCGCGUACGUCCUGUUCCUGAUCCAGCUGCUGUGGUGGACCUGGGUCUCGGAGAGGGUCAACAACCGCUUCAUGAUCGUGCUCGUGAACAUGAUCUGGUGCUUCCCGCUGGUCCUGGCGCUGGAGCUCAUGCCGGCGGGUGCGAGCCCGUGGGCGUGGUACGCUUGUUCGGCCCUGCUCGUUGCAUCCCCGUAUAUUCACGCCAUCAUCGUGGGAAUCACCUCGCGCAACGCAGGUUCCGUCCGGACGCGCACUGUGGGGUCAGCCCUGUACAACAUGACGGUGCAAGCUGGCAGUAUCAUCUCCUCUAAUAUCUACCGCACUGAAGACGCCCCUGAAUACCGAACGGGCAACAAGGUGCUCCUGGGCAUAAUUGCGUGGACAACCUUCCUCAUAUUUGCGAUCAAGUUCUACUACAAAUGGCGCAACGCUUCGAGAGACAAGAUCUGGAGCGUUAUGACGCCCGAGCAGAGGGACGAGUACCUGCGGACCACCAAGGACCAGGGCAACAAGAGGCUUGACUUUAGAUUUGCGCAUUAA